CAGGUAUCGAGCCAGUUUCAAUCAGCGGUGAUACCUGCAUUACUGCCUAUAUGGCUACCGGUCUUCCGUACAUAGACAAGAUCUCAGAUAGCUUGACAGUGGCAUGUGGGUGUUGUGGUGUCGGUGCCAUGUCGUCUGACGAAAUUGGACGAAUUGGAAUGGACCUGGCGUUGAGUGACCAGCUUUCUGAGCUUUCACAGGAACUGUUCAGAGUACAAACCAAACUAACAGCGUAAUGAGAGGACACCAUGCAAAACUCUGAUAUUCGGUGGCGGAGUGAGAACCUCACAAUGGCCACCGUGUACGAUCUGUGUGUUGUGGGAGCGGGACUGGUGGGGUCCGCGGCCGCCAGGCACGCUACCUUAGGGACGGGCGACGAGGCUAAGGCUCGUGUCUGUCUGGUGGGGCCGUUGGAACCGAAGACGAAAGAUGUGACGUCAUCGCGGACUAUUUUUGGCUGUCAUUAUGACGAAGGUAGAAUAAUCCGCGAUAUUGAUCCAUGUGUCACGUGGUCAGUACUGGCCUCCCAUUCAAUCCAGAGAUUCAGAGACAUAGAGAAGGUGUCUGGUUAUAUUCCACAUGUUCGUCACACAGGUAUUCAGUUCUUUUCGGAGGUGGGAUUUAUAUGGAGUGGAACGGAUGGAAACGAGACUUUAAAUGACGUAGGAAAUACGAAGGAAGCGAAGGAAACAGAUACAGCAAGGCGUCUUACUGCUGCUGAACUGCAAAACCUAUUUCCUUAUUUCAACUAUGGAAAACACGACUUGGGGUUCUAUCAGAAAACAAAUGGAGGCCAUAUCAGUCCGAGGCGGAUGGUUUUGGCUCAGCAGACGGCUGCUAAGCAACAAGGCUGUGACGUCAUAUACGAAGUUGUGACGCAAGUGGUAGAAGAUAAGAUGGCGGACGAAAAUGUGAUGGAGGUGAAAACUGAGUCUGGGAGAUGUAUCCUUGCUAAAAAGGUUCUGUUGGCAACAAACGCCUUUACAAAUCUGUGUGAUUUGUUACCAAGGGGACAGAGGCUAAAUAUGUGGUCAUACCCAUCAUGUGUCGCCUUUGUUGAAAUCUCAGAGGAAUCGGCAAAGAGACUGAGCGGAAUGCCUCCCGUUAUAUAUAGAGGUAAAGGUGCUGAAGACUGGAAGCCCCCAGCAGAAGCAAUCGGCACGAGCGAUGACUAUGCCUUCUACAUGCUACCUCCAAUCCGCUAUCCAGACGGAAGAUUCUACAUGAAGCAAGGUUGUUACCACAAUCUGACCCCAGCUCUGGAAACCCUUGAGGACAUGAAGGCAUGGUACUGUAAUCCUCCACCACGGGAACUUGUUCUUAACACAGCCUCUGUCAUGACCAGCUUUGUUAAAGGCAUUGAGCCUCUUUCCAUAACUGGUGACACUUGCACCACAGCAUACACUCCUAGUAAACAUCCCUACAUCGAUAAGAUCUCGGAGAAUCUUACUGUGGCAGUUGGAGGGAACGGGCGUGCGGCCAAGUCAGCUGAUGAAAUAGGACGCUUAGGUAUGGAGUUAGCCUUGAACGGAAGAUGGGACACGGAUCUGCCCAGAGAGAAAUUCCGAGUAAUCCUGGCAAACCCGAAGUUAUAAUCUUACAUAAUCUAUGGGCUUACAGCGUCACAACGCCAACCUUCAGCGGUGAAAGAAUUCAACUGUUGUAUAAGCACCCAAAAUACGUGUAACUAUGGAUCAUAUGCAGACGUUGCAUAUGGAUUUAAAAAAAAAAUGGACAAAAAUAAUUAUUAUACGUAUAUGGAUCUUAUAUUAAUAGACGGGCCAGUUGUUUACAAGCACAGGGAUGUUUGUGAAUGGCAUAUGUUUAAAUGCACAAGAAUGUUUGUUAGAGACAAAUCACGCUUCCCAACUUAAGUUCCUUUAAAAUGAUCACCCAAUAGUGAGCUUC